AUGUCGGUCCACGCUCCUUCGUCCGCGUAUGACUCGGAAACCUUCAAUCAAUCCGCCUCCUUCCACAUAGAUUCGCCCAUUGGCUCUAUGACCAUCUCCCCUUCGGGCCGCGACGUCGCACUCGCCUCCAAGGAAGGCUUACACAUCAUCGAUCUCGACUCCCCGUACUCUCCACCGCGCUAUCUCCCUCACCGGACCCCCUGGGAGGUCGCCGAUGUGCAGUGGUCGCCUCAUGCCUCGCGCGAUUACUGGGUCGUCAGCACGUCGAACCAGAAAGCCUUGGUGUGGAAUUUGGAUGCCAAGUCCUGGCAGGACAGUAUUCAGCUAGUGCUGCAUGGACACCGGCGCGCCAUUACUGACAUCAACUUCUCGGCGCACAACCCGGAUAUCCUGGCGACGUGCGCCGUAGACAGCUUCGUGCACUGUUGGGACCUGCGUACGCCGGGCCGGCCUGCGGUGAGCUUCUCUGACUGGUUUGCGGCGGCGACGCAGGUGAAGUGGUCGCGGCAGGACGAGCAUGUGGUAGCCAGUAGCCACGACAAGUUUCUGCACAUUUGGGAUGACCGGCACGGCGCCGUGCCUGUGAGGACAAUUGAGGCGCAUAACACCAAGAUCUAUGGCAUUGAUUGGAAUCGAUUUCACCACAACAAGAUUGUCACCUGCGGCCUGGACCGGACUAUUAAGUUCUGGGAUUGCGAUAAUCCCGUUGAUGAGCCGGACAGGGUGAUCGAAACACCUUACCCAGUGUGGAGGGCAAGACAUACACCGUUCGGGUGGGGUCUAGUGGCCAUGCCAGAGAGGGGAAGCGGCGAUCUCUAUCUUUAUGACAGACGAGCUGUUCAGGGUCAUGUCGAGAGUGGGCAGGUCAAACCUGUCACGAAGUUUCCCGGCCAUAAUGGGCAGGUCAAGGAAUUCCUAUGGAGGUCACGGGGCAACGUGCUGAAUGGGGUCGACCAUCGGGAAUUCCAGCUGAUUUCAUGGGGCACUGAUCGUGAGCUGCGACUACAUCGGAUUGAGCCUGAAACGGUAGAAGGUAUUGGCUACGAAAAAGGGGUUUCCAAGACCGAGAAUCUGAACUUUACGAGGAGAGGUGCCAGAUAUCGGUCGUUCAGAGAUUCACCGGAUGAUACCAACUCGCCGAUUGAGCGGCCCUCGCGCGGCGAGAGCCUGCCUAGUCAAUACCAGCUCAAUGCUUUUCGCAAGCGGAACAGCACAACGGUCGGUAUGAGCAAGGUUCCAAUGUCUCAAAUAAAAGGCUGGGUUUCCGGACCACGAAGGUCUUCCAAAAUCGCCAUGCAUGGCAAAAGCAGCACGACCAACAAUAUCAACCCAAUAUCAUGGCUGAAGAACGUCAAGAUCGCCUCCUGGGACCCGGAUGCUCUUGCGGAAGAAAUUCGCCACGUUGGCGAGAAGUUCAGACGAGUCGAAUUUGAAACGGUGGACAUCAAGCACAGAAAAAUGGUCAUGUCCUUGCAAGCGCCAUGGGCGGAGCACCAGAAUGCGAUAUACCUGCGCGUAGACAUCCGCUUCCCGCAAACAUAUCCACGGGGCGCCAAUGCUGUCAUCACUAUUCAGAAGACAGGAGCGCUAGCGGAUGAGCUUCACCACACUCUUAGUGGGGAGCUCCACACAAUAGCCAAGGCCUAUGCUUCGCAACAACGCGGUUGUUUGGAGGCAAUCCUGCGGUACCUGCUGCGGGAGCAGAGCCUGGAGCAGAUUGUGUCCUGGGUACGAGGUGACUCGUUGGCAGACUCAAAGAUCCUUGGAGGCGAUCUCCAAGCCACUGAUGAUGACUCAAGCUCCAGCGACGACGACCAGCUGGAGGGACUCGGCAAUGCACUCGAUUCAACGGCCAACAUACGUGUUCCCUUGGCUAAGGGCUGUGGUGCAGUCUGGUCGGAGACAGGAAAGCUGAUCUGCUUUUUCCCACCCAAAUCGAAAGUGCCGACGUCUACUCUCACGGGACUCUCGGCGAAUAGCCUGGAGAGGUCGGAGAAUAGUAGGCUGUACGAGGGGUUCGGUAAGUUGCACGUGAACUCACCCCUGAGAAAGUCGACCGGUGGGACCAAGGCUACCGACGAUGAUGAAUCCGGCUCAGAAUCGUCGGACAGCCUGUUGAGCUCCUCCAGCAGUUCUUCAUCGUCAUCGGAACCGGGGACCGAUAUACAGGGCGAUUAUGGGCCGCUCAAGAGAGGAAUGCUUGCGUUCGCGCCCGGACCCAGGUCCUUUGAUUUCUCAAACCGGUCGACGACGUUGGCUGGGGCAAAGACUGCUGCAACGGACACGCAGCGACACACAAUUGUCUCUAUUCGAUCAUUUGACGAAUUGAUUCCCUCGAAGAAAGAGCUAGCCCGGAGGUAUAAAGUCUUUGGGCCGGGGAGUGAGGUUUGCAAACAGAAUGCGGCUGUGGCUGGCAGUCUUGGUCGCAGCGAUCUUGUAUCUGUGUGGACUUUGGCUUCUAUGGUCCUGGAUAAGUCGGUGCCCCUGCAUAGGCUGACCGAGACAUUGGAUGGCUCAGAAACUGAUUUUCUGGUCAUCGCCAGGAAGACCACUUCCAAGCUUCAGAGGAAGCACGAUGGCAUGGGCAUGUCGGACGAGCAAAGCAACGACCACAAGGGGCAGCUGCGUUGGGGAGGGAGCCCGCUAGCCUCGAGAUAUCUCGUCCCGGCAAUGUUCGAUUACUUCGAGCGAAUCGCCGACAUCCAGAUGCUGGCUAUGCUCGCGUGUGUUUUCUGGGAUUCGACGUCAGCUGCACCGCUGCCUGCCCAGCCACUGGAGAAUCACGACUACUUUCCUUCUCUGGAAGUUGCAAAUGCCAUGUUGUGGCCCACGCCAAUGUUCGACGACUACAAUAUGGCAGUCACGGGGCAGCGACCUCAGAUAUCGCGGCUGUUGUCAUCACACAGUGAGCGUGGCGCUCACCGGUCCAGAAGGGAGACAGCUAUGUCUCUAGAUCCAUCAACAGCAAGCUAUCGACCAGAAUGGUCUCGAGCACCGAGUGUCAUCGCUGAUGAACUCGACAGACGAUCCACAGCUGUAUCACUGUCAACAUCACCCGAGGGUGGUCGAGCAAUUCAGCGUGCUGCCACCAGCGGUGGGCUCUCAACUGCGCAGGCCAGUCUGUCCGCGUUGACACAGUCGUAUUCUCACUCUCCACCCAGUCAGCCUAGUUCUGGGGGUGUGGCGUCCAGCUUGAAGAAGUACAGUCCGUCUGGCAGCCUCGCGCAGAAUUGGGGCCUCUUCGGUGGCAGCCACAGCAGCCGCCCUUCACGUACCUCGGUCCAUUACCCAGAAUCGUCAAGUCAAGACAAGGACGCCAGUCUCAGGUCUUCAAUGUCUCAUUCAAACCUUCGAGCCCUCCGGCGAAGCGGCCACACGACCCCCGAGGCCACGCGACGGACCCUACGGUCGGUGGCUCCUUCAGAGGGCUCGGAUACGACUCGACGCGCCGACAUGAAAGGCAAAAAGAGAGUUGUCAAGACAUUUCUACGCAACCAGCACAGUUUUGACCUGGACUCGUACGUAUCGCUGCCUUUACUUGACCCCGCGUUGGACUGGAAGUACCGAUCGUUCCGCGCAGCCUACGCCACCCUUCUUGAAGCGUGGGAUCUCCCAGUACAGCGAGCGGAGGUCCUCAAGAUCGACGGCUUCCACGAAUCCUCUAUAGAAACAGACGUCGCUAGUCCCGCCAAGCGCAGCCCUCGGAAGAGCCAGCUUCCAUCUCCUGGCGGUGACGAGCAAGGGCUGCGCGUGGGUCGGUGCUGCCAGAGAUGCGGCGACGUGCUUGCUGCGAUCGAGAAGAAUGGCGUCGUGAUCGGAUGGUCAUGCAUCAGCGCAGGAUGCAACGCUGCACCUCGAAAGCCAUCGAAACGCAGCUUCUGCAGCACCUGCUGGAAGCCCGUGCAGGGUCUCGCCGUGCCGUGCGUGGAGUGUGGCCACCUGACCUGCGUGAGCUGCGCGAGGACUUGGUUCGGCACCAAGCCUGCACAUCAAAAGCGAAGGCAGAGCUCCCUGGCCGUCACAGACGGCGACAGCGUCAGCGACAUCAGAACCGGCGCCCACCGACCGUCAGAAGCUUCAGCGUCCACCAACGAGUCACCACGAUCCAGAACCUGUCCAGCAGGCUGCGGCUGCCCAUGCCCGACCCUCGCCCCCUCCGCGAUCCACGUCCCAACGCCAGCGGGCUCGUUGUCGGCGGCGGCCUCUGCCGUUCCCAGCACGCCCGCCAGCGCCGUCAGCGAGAAGUUCCUCCACGUGCAUCCGAAGAUGGAGCGCACAGACUCGCAGACGAGCGCGCACAGCGUCGGGUCAUCCCAAACCACGGCCACCGCGGGCGGGGGUGCAGACGGCGCCCUCAACGCUUUCUUCGCCCUGACCGGCGUCAGAUCCCGGGCGGGGAGUAAAGCCGAGCGGGGCGGCGGCAGGAAUGGUAGUGGCACUGGGAACGGCGGCGGUGGCAGCGGUCGUCAGCGUGGGAUCAGAGGCAAAGGGCGCGUCAUGACGGGACCGAUCACGGUGGAUGACGUGGGGGCAGGACAGGCGGCAGGCGAGGAAGCAGUCUCCAAAGAUGUUGAAGUCGAGAGACAGCUGAAUCCGUGGGUCAAUGGUCGCUUUCAGAGCUUGGGAAAGGGCGUCGGCGGAGGUCUCUCGAGGGGGUUGAGGGAGAGGGGAAGCGAUAGCACGAUUCGUGGUGGGAAGUGA